GAGCCAGGGAGGGAAGAGAGGGAGAGGAGAAAGGCGCGGAGGUCGACUGAGGCCCUGGGAGAUAAAGCUGGAGGGCAGAAAUUAUUAGGGGGCGCGGGUAGAGAGGAAGGGCUCCCAGAGAGCCGGCGUAGCGGGGGAGAGAGUGUGCGCCGAGUGUGUGCCAGCGGCGGGAGGAGUGUGGGGCGCUGGGGACUCGCGCCGACUCGGGCCCAGCGGCAGCAGCGGCGGGCGGACAGCAUGCUGAGCCUCCUGGUCUGGAUCCUUACGCUCUCCGACUCUUUCUCGCAAGGGACCCAGACCCGCUUCAGCCAGGAACCAGCUGAUCAGACUGUGGUGGCUGGACAGAGGGCUGUGCUCCCCUGUGUGCUCCUCAACUACUCUGGGAUUGUUCAAUGGACCAAGGAUGGGCUGGCCUUGGGUAUGGGCCAGGGCCUCAAAGCCUGGCCACGGUACCGGGUUGUGGGCUCUGCGGAUGCUGGACAGUACAACUUGGAGAUAACAGAUGCUGAACUCUCUGAUGAUGCUUCCUAUGAGUGCCAGGCUACAGAAGCUGCCCUGCGCUCCCGGCGUGCCAAACUCACCGUGCUCAUUCCCCCAGAGGACACUAGAAUUGAUGGAGGUCCAGUGAUUCUGCUGCAAGCAGGCACUCCCCACAACCUCACAUGCCGAGCUCUCAAUGCCAAGCCUGCUGCCACCAUCAUCUGGUUCCGGGAUGGGACACAACAAGAGGGGGCUGUGACUAGCACGGAAGUGCUGAAGGAUGGGAAAAGGGAAACCACCGUCAGCCAGCUGCUCAUUGACCCCACAGACCUAGACAUAGGGCGCAUAUUCACCUGCCGCAGCAUGAAUGAAGCCAUCCCUAAUGGCAAAGAGACAUCCAUUGAGCUCGACGUGCAUCACCCUCCUACAGUGACCCUGUCCAUUGAGCCUCAGACAGUGCAGGAGGGUGAGCGGGUCAUCUUUACAUGCCAGGCUACAGCCAACCCUGAGAUCCUAGGCUACAGGUGGGCCAAGGGGGGAUUUUUAAUUGAAGAUGCCCAUGAGAGUCGCUAUGAGACAAAUGUUGAUUAUUCCUUCUUCACGGAGCCUGUAUCUUGUGAGGUCCACAAUAAAGUGGGGAGCACCAAUGUCAGCACCUUAGUGAAUGUCCACUUUGCCCCCCGGAUUGUAGUUGACCCCAAACCCACAACCACAGACAUUGGCUCUGAUGUGACCCUCACCUGUGUCUGGGUUGGGAAUCCCCCUCUUACCCUCACAUGGACCAAGAAGGACUCAAACAUGGGGCCCAGGCCUCUUGGCUCCCCACCCGAGGCUCCUCUCUCUGCCCAGGUCCUGAGUAACAGUAACCAGCUGUUGCUGAAGUCAGUGACCCAGGCAGAUGCUGGCACCUACACUUGCCGGGCCAUUGUGCCUCGAAUUGGAGUGGCUGAGCGAGAGGUGCCACUUUAUGUGAAUGGGCCCCCCAUUAUCUCCAGUGAGGCGGUACAGUAUGCUGUGAGGGGUGAUGGUGGCAAAGUAGAAUGCUUCAUCGGGAGCACUCCACCCCCAGAUCGUAUUGCAUGGGCAUGGAAGGAGAAUUUCCUGGAGGUGGGGACCCUGGAACGCUACACUGUGGAGAGGACUAACUCAGGCAGUGGGGUGCUGUCAACACUCACCAUCAACAAUGUCAUGGAGGCCGACUUCCAGACCCACUACAACUGUACUGCCUGGAAUAGCUUUGGGCCUGGCACUGCCAUCAUCCAGCUGGAAGAGAAAGAGGUGUUACCUGUGGGCAUCAUUGCUGGGGCCACCAUUGGGGCAGGCAUCCUGCUCAUCUUCUCCUUCGUUGCCUUGGUGUUCUUCCUCUACCGACGUCGCAAAGGCAGUCGCAAGGACGUGACCCUGAGGAAGUUGGAUAUCAAAGUGGAGACAGUGAACCGGGAGCCACUCACGAUGCAUUCUGACAGGGAGGAUGACACUGCUAGCGUCUCCACAGCAACUCGGGUCAUGAAGGCCAUCUACUCCUCUUUUAAGGACGAUGUGGAUUUGAAACAGGACCUGCGCUGUGACACCAUCGACACCCGGGAAGAGUAUGAAAUGAAGGAUCCCACCAAUGGCUAUUACAAUGUACGAGCUCAUGAAGAUCGCCCAUCCUCCAGGGCAGUGUUGUAUGCUGACUACCGUGCCCCUGGCCCUGCCCGUUUUGAUGGCCGUCCAUCAUCCCGCCUCUCUCAUUCCAGUGGCUAUGCCCAGCUCAAUACCUACAGCCGGGCCCCUACCUCUGACUAUGGCACAGAGCCCACACCCUCUGGUCCUUCAGCCCCUGGUGGCACUGACACAACCAGUCAGCUGUCCUAUGAGAACUAUGAAAAGUUCAACUCCCACCCCUUCCCUGGGGCAGCUGGGUAUCCUACCUACCGACUAGGCUACCCCCAGGCCUCAUCCUCUGGCCUGGAGAGGACCCCCUAUGAGGCAUAUGACCCCAUUGGGAAGUAUGCCACAGCCACUCGGUUCUCCUACACCUCCCAGCACUCAGACUAUGGCCAGCGAUUCCAGCAGCGUAUGCAAACUCAUGUGUAGAGGCUGGAGCCUGGCUGGGGUAUCUCUGCGGAGCAGAGGAGAAGGCUUUCCAGCUGUUCCCUGACAUUCAGGGGCAUUUUUCAUUGCUCCUUUCUUGGACCCAGCCUUCUUCCUCCUGCCAUUACAAAUAAGGAGCAUAUCUCCCAGAAACACCCCAUACUGAGGAUGGUGCUCUGUGCAUGCCUCAGUCUUCUGGGCCUGCCCGUCUCUCUUCUUUGGGAAGAUGUCUCUUCUGACCUGUGUUCUUGCCUGACCCUAAUGUGGGGGCAGGGUAAAUGAAGGUUUGGAAGAGGAGAGAGGAUACUUUUUAGCAUUCCCUUUCUGUCCCAUUCCUCUGAUAUCCCAUAAGUGGGCAUGAUAUUAUGCAGAGGUAGGCAAGUUUUGACCUAGGGGACAUAAGCAAUGGGAAUAGGUGACUCUAGCCUAAGCAGUUGGAACAUGGGAUAGCCCACCAGUCCCUCUCUUGCUUGCUUUCAUACUCUGUGUUUAUCUCUCCCAUCUCAAGGCGUUGUAAAUGGGACAUUGGGUUUAUUUGGUCUCUUGUCUACAGAACAGCCUUGACAAUGAAUUCAAAUCCAGCUCUCAGUCAGUUGGAGUCAAAAUGCCAGUCACCCUGGCUGCUACUGUGGCCAUUUGUCAGUGUACAGAAGGCUCCAGAAAUCCCCAGUAGCCCUCUGUUCCCUUUCUUCCCCUUUCUGCUGGAACAGUCAGAUAUGUCCUGGUUGUGCUAAAGAAAGAACAGUCACAACCAUUUAUGUUCUGAUUGACCAGCAAGUGACCACUGUGUGCUGCAUGGCAGUUCUCAUAUGUAACACUAGAGGGAGCCGCAUAAGUUCCCUUCUUUCCCAUUUUUCACUCCCACUUCCUGGCUUUAACUCUUGAGCCUGCUUGGGGAGUAAGGUAGAAUAGUGGUGCCGUAGAUUAUUUUUCAAAGAUAACAACAACAAAGCAGUGAAAACUUCAUUUUUCAAGGUUACCCAAAUACAAGUCCCUGUGGAAAGGAAAGGGGUACCUGUUCUCUACCAGGUUCCUAACAUCUUCUGUUGUUACUAGUUCUGUCCCCGAGCACUUUGAAUCCAUUUUGCAUCCAAGUGGUAAGACCUGCCUACAGGUGGGCUCUCAUAGAGUUAGGGAGGCUCCUGACACUUAGACUCUGCUGUCUACCCUGGGCCUCACCCAAGAGGCCCACCUUUCAGGGAGCAUGGAAGGUACUCUAACUAGACAAGUUUUGGGUUUUGUCCUCUCCUCCUGCCCCAUUGGAUCAAUCAGAUUCCUUCUUCCAUCAGUGCCUUGAAUGUCAGGCUUUGGAUGUUGUCUUUGUGUGUGGAGUAGGCACUUACGAGCUUCAGGCUGUUUUGUAUUAAUUUCCAAGGAUGGACAAGUGAAGGGGAUGUGAAGGAAAGAGGGCCUGGAAAUGACCCUAGAGGAGAAGUCCUACUGAUCCAGAUGGAGACCCCAGUGCAGAAGAACACUGCAAGCAUUCCACAGCCCAUGAUUCCUUUUCCCACACAGCAUGCACAUAUGCUUACACACAUUCCAUACUGCUUCUCAUUCACCAUUUUCUGAUCAAAGAAAACCUCUACCCCUGUCCUGGACCCACCUUUUCAUGAAGCUUCAGCCUACCUAGAGUCCACUUCCCUCCCUGAAGCCAGGAGGGGGAUUCUGGUGCAGUUCCCAGAAUACUCCUUGCCUUUUCUCUUAGUCAUGUUUGCUUUAAUGAGUUGCAUGCUCAUUAGCCAUGGGCCAUCACCAUUCUUACAGAUGAGCUUGUGGGGUGACAUUCUCAGCCAUCUUCUUGCUGGUAAGGAUCAGAUAAUAUCCCAGGAAGCAAGCAGUUCCAUUUCCAGUCUGGCAUGCUGCCUCUGAUUUCUCUUCUCCAGCCAGUGUACCCCCAAAGAGUAGGGCCUACCUAGAGUACUAACAAGCUUGCAUCUGUAUUCCAGUUCAGGAGACUCAUACUUACAGAGCUUUUUCAUGAGAGCUCAGCAAGAAGGUAUGUUUAAGACGUAGGUUCUUGUGCAUACAAAGUCAUGCAACUUUAAGUUUCAUUGACACCUGAAACCAUGAAUACUCUAAACACUUUAAGUCUAAAUACAGUGAUGUAAGCGGCAAUAGUCCCUAAAACUCAUCUUGUUUGGGAUUUCGCUUGAUUGUCUUAUCUCUCUUUGAUUUCUAUAGUAGAUUCCUUGCAUUUAAAUGAUAAAAUCAACACUAAGGUCAAGCACCACAGGAAAAUUGUGGCUAUCAAGCACUAUACAAUGCACAGGGUGGUAUCAGCAACUGACACAAUUUUAUCCCCUGCCACUCACACUUUGCAAUCAGAAUCAGUGUGUGAACCUGCUAGAGGCCAAUAGAAGUGCUUGUCUGGGGAGUUGGAGGUCCCUUGAUCACAGGGCUCUUUUGUCUGAGACUGGAGUCUUCCAGCAUGUUGGUAUCACAAUACCUGGUGAUUCUAAGCACCCAUGAUAUUAACAGUAAUACAUGAUAUUAACAGUAAUACACAGAGGUCAAUUGACCCAGGUUCCAGUUCUACAGAUACCACCAUUUGUUGAAUAGCCUUGAUCUCUUUGUUAUCAUUUCCCCCAAUUUUCUGAUCUUCACCUAGAACUGUUCUGUGUUUGAUGUUCAUCUAGAGAAGCAGGGUUUAUAACUGCCCAUCCUUGAGGUAGUCUCCUAUUGAAAUAAGCUUUCACCACAAGUUUCUUGACCCUGUCAGUCACCCAAACCUGAGUGAAAUGAAGCUAUUUGUGCUGCUCUCUUCUUUGCUUAAACAGGUUUCUUGUGGUCAUGGCAAAGUACAAUUUGUUUUCUUUAUCAAAGAGGCAGACAGCAGGUACCUGUGGGGUAGAUAAGAGCAGCUGUCCUCUACUUGGUCUUCUGGAGCAUUCACCUGACCCAAAGACAGCUCCCUCUGCCUACAUAGCAAGGUGAACCCUACAGUCCCAGGAUUCUUGAACCAGAAGACAGGAGUGAAUGCAACUGGCCCUUCCUGCUGAUCCAAAGGGAAGCUGUUAGAGGGAGGAAGGGGUUUAAUUGCUCUAAUUGCUCUGGAUUGCAAGAGGUUCUUUUCACUCAGCAAGCCUUGUUCUUUGUAGAGGGUCCAACCUGCAUGCUGAGUCUUAGCUCCUUCCAAAUCUAACCAUAGAGUUUGCACAAAGCAAAGCCCAUGAUGAAAGAAAGGAAAGUAGCCAGGGAUGUGAGCAAUACUAAACUCUUAGAAAUAUCUGGCUUGGAAUGAGAAAGACAAGCUCAACUACUCCAUCUCUGAGCAAUCUACUCUUCUCAUACCCGCAGCUGCUUUCCUCAUAGGAACAUUUCCUGCCCUGUGGGAUGGAGCACAUUGCAGAAUGUCUUGCCCUCAUGCCAUAAGUGUUCUUAAGUUAGAAUUGGAUGGUCCCUGUAUACUUGACCCAUUCCAUAACAAUCGUAGGCAAUUAGAAUUUGAAGAAAGUCAUGUUAAAGCCAAGACCCUAUUUGGACAUGUGGAGUACACGGACUCUAGUCACUACCUCAUCCUGCUGUGUGAAAGAUUUUGUCCCUAUGGCUGAGCUCCCUGGCCUCCCAAGGCUACCACAAGCUCAAAAACUUGACUUCUCCACCAUUUCAUUUCUGUGUUGUCUGAGCCCAGAUACUGUACAUAUGUAGGCCGUUCUGUGUGCUGGGGGAGUCACCACAAUUAGGGAAGCUCCUGACCCUGGUGAGAGCAUCAUGAAAAGCUGAUAAUAGAACACUGAGGUACAUGAACCUGAAGAUUCCAUUGGAGUGGUAUUGAUUUUGGUGAAAAGGCUAUAAAUCUAUCACGUAAAUAUAGCAUUUCCUCCUCCCUGCCUCCUCCCCCAUUCCCCUGGUAUUUUUCCUCCCCUCAAGGCUAAACUUUCUGAGCAGCAGCAGCUCUCUUUUGACAGCUUGGUACUGACACCAUCUGUAGGCCAGUGGAGAGGACUGAGGUAUGUGACUUGGCAGAGUAUGAAUUUGAGAACUGGGUACAAAAAUCUCAUUUUCUUGUAUCAUUGGGAGGGAGCCCAGCCCCUUUCCUCAGAGAAAAAUAAUUGCUGCACAAAAGUCAUAGGCCGUACUAGAAGUUCUGGUACAAACCCACCCUUAGUAAUAGUAAUAACUUCAUGUGCAUAGUACUUACUCUUGCCAGUCUGCUGUGCCCCAUUCUGGUUCUUUGCUGUCCCUGACCACUAGCCUUUGCAAGGUGGUGGCCUGGUUUUUCUGUUGGUUUCUGGAGUUGUUUAUAGGUAGCCCCUGUGAACAUCAGGAGACUGUGGGGAGAAAACAUUAAAAUUGCUGAUACAAUGAACAGUAAGACAAGCUCUGUAGCAAAAGUGGCCCACAAGAUUGUGCUACCUCCAGGUUUAUCAGGAAGAAGAAGCCCAGGGCUCCUGGAGUCAAAUUUUCUAUCCUGGCUACUUCUGGCAUUGCUAUCCCUAUUUAUGGCUCCCAUUGAAUUUUCUCCACCCAAAUCCCAAUGAUCAAUGAAACAAUGAGGAAAAUUAAGAGAAAGAAAAUAUUAUUUUUGUUAGGCCAAACCAUCGUAGAUUUUUAGCAAUGUGUAUCUGUGUGUCCUUUACACCUUUUCCUAUUCUGACCUUUUCUUUCCUUUU